CCCAUAAGGCGAACAGGGAUGCGGAACGAUCGACUUUCGCGCACUGCACGCAUAUCGCAGGCAAGGGAUCUUUGUUCACGCUAUUUCCGUCUCUCGGUCUCGAACGGUAUCUAGAAAUCCGCACCCGUGCCUAAAACACCCCCGGUCGUUCGAUUGGCAGAGAGCGCUCGGUUCAUGAGAGUGGGCGCAUGCCAUGGUGUAUCUGCGCCCGCGAAGCAGAAGAUGGCUUGAUUCUAGUUCUAGUCGUGGCGACAUGAGAGCCGCUACUCACUCCUACUUGCUCCAAGAUGAAGCAAGAUUUCAGGCCCGUUCAUUUGUUACGUCUCUGAAAAGAAAACAAACACCUUUUUCUUUGAAGAUUUUCCCAGAGAAGGCAUUUGCAAGAAGAACUUUGUACAGCAGCAGCAUCACUAUGCGAGCGCGUGCGCCACCCCCGUCAACAUGGAGACUCUGGCAUCCCCGCAACGGCCUGAGUUUCGCGUCUUCUAACACGCCAGAAGCGCCCGCACAAAAUCUGCCACAGCCAUUGUAUCCGGACCUCUCCGGCUUUCGCUCAAUAUACAGCACUAGUGCAUCUUGUUCAACUGAGCCCCUAACUACCUCGACGACGUUACAGUGCGAGGGAGAUGACAUUCAGCAGGAGAGCGGUUGUUUAGCUGCCCCUCAUGUGGCCCAGUCCGCCGUCCAGUCUUCCUCAGCAGAUAUAGCCCCGCCAGCACUUCGACAAGACGUUGAUGUUGAGCAUAAGGAGACAGAGGCUGUAGAUGGUUUUAAAUCAGAGGCAAAUCUGCCACCAUCCACAACCCUAGACUUCAAGAUGGACGUCGAAUUGUUCCGUACAGCGAAGCAAGCUCGCAAAGGCUCAAUGGACUCAUACUGGGCCUACACUCUCUACCGUGGACCCCAGGGCGAGAAGGUUAGGGUCCAUUACUGCAAGAGUAAUUACACUACAGAGCGAGUGUGCCAGUACUUCUUGGACGAAAGGGUAAUCGGGUUGGAUCUGGAGUGGGUUGCAGAUGCCAGGAAAUCCUCCGGUGCACGGAGGAACGUUUGUCUCGUGCAACUUGCCAGCCCAAGCCGUAUCGCCUUGUUCCACCUUGCACUGUACCCAAAAGAUGACUCGUUGGUGGCGCCAUCGCUAAAGCUGCUGUUGGAAAAUUCCGACAUCUCCAAGGUUGGUGUCAAUAUCAAGGCCGACUGUACGCGACUACGGACCUGGCUGGGCAUUGACUCCAAAGGUGUCUUUGAGCUUAGCCACCUCUACAAACUGGUCAAAUACUCGGCAAGUGGCGAAACGCACUUGAUCAACAGACGCGCCGUAGCGUUGGCUGAACAAGUCGAAGCGGUUUUCGGGCUUUCAAUGUUUAAAGGGCAGGACGUUCGGUCAAGCGACUGGUCUAAACCGUUGAAGAUGGAACAGAUCAUUUAUUCUUCGUCGGAUGCCUAUGCGGGGCCUCAGAUAUACAAUGUCCUGGAACAGCAGCGCGAGGCUCUCGAUCCAACGCCACCGCGGCCUUACCACGUAGAGCUUGGUCUUCCCAUCAGACUGGCGGAUGGAAAGACAGUUGUCGCUGUGGAGGAAGGUGCAGAAGAUGUGGAGUUUGAGGACAACGAGGAAGCUUCCUACGUACCGCCAGAGGAGGAGCUCAUAAAGUCAGCAUCAGACACACUCACUUUUGAGCCCGAUCUUGAGGAAGCGGGACCUAAAGUCACUCGAACCGCUCGCUCUGCGGCGCUACCAAAAACAGAAGUAGCCAAACCUGUCAAAGACGACAGGGUUAUUGCAGCUGAAGACUGGUUGGCAGAGUAUCGCGCAAGCUGCAAAUCUCCACCAAGAGCUACCGCAGCUGCCCUCCGGGCUUACCAUAUCUGGAGCCAGAACCAUGACCUCAGUCCUUCGGCUAUAGCAUCAAUCCUGAGGAAUCCUCCGCUGCAAACUAACACCGUACACACAUAUAUUCUUGACGCCAUCAAGAAGGAAAAGCUACCUUUUGAGCACGCGAGACUGCGUGAUGAGGUGCUUGCUGAAGUUCCUGCCCGGACCCUUUCAUCGAGGUAUGCCGCACUGGAACGACAGACGAGGACCACAGAGGUCUCUUCGACUGAUUAAAACUAUGGCUCGCAAACAAAUUUCUACCCGAUUACGAUUCAGCAACGAUUCAUACCUUACUCUAUACAUUCAGUUGCAAACAUGUCAUAAUAAAAGGUUAUGAUUGAUUACAAGCAGCGUAUACGAAGCACUGCUUCUGCCGUGAUAUGGCGCAUGAUUAGUCUGCAAAUCGUUUUGCAUUAUCUUAUAUAAACAAUUACAACAAGUACAAUGACCCCAAUAUGUUCGUCUUGUAUAAUUGUGAGCCUUAUUCAUCCCCUCAGGAAAUUCAUUCUUCAUUACCCCACCAAGGAACACGAUCAAGCAUCGGGAAACUCCCGCAAACAAAACAAUGGGUUGAGUUUAGCUUGAAUUGAUGUCCUGCCGAUCUGUAAACAUGAUGGC